AUGGAAGUGGACUCUAAAGUUAUGGUAAAACAUAAAAUCUUUACUAAUUGUUAAUAGGCCUUUUUCUUGCAUUUUAGUCUGAAAACUGGAUUCUUAAAGUGGAAACCAGAUUAUGACAGUGCAGCUACUGAAUAUGGGAAGGCAGCUGUUGCUUUUAAGAAUGCCAAGCAGUUUGACCAGGCAAGGGAAGCCUGUUUACGGGAAGCCGAGGCACAUGAAAACAAUAAAGCUCUCUUCCAUGCUGCCAAAGCUUAUGAACAAGCUGGCAUGAUGCUAAAGGAGAUGCAGAGACUCCCUGAAGCAGUUCAGCUGAUCGAGAAAGCCAGUAUGAUGUACCUGGAGAACGGGACACCAGAUACAGCAGCUAUUGCACUGGAACGGGCUGGAAAGUUAAUAGAAAAUGUGAGCCCAGAGAAGGCUGUGCAGCUCUAUCAGCAAGCAGCAUCCGUGUUUGAAAAUGAAGAACGUUUACGGCAAGCUUUAGAAAUGCUAGGGAAGGCAUCAAGACUUCUAGUCAGAGGACGCAGAUUAGAUGAGGCUGCAUUGUCUCUCCAAAAGGAAAAAAGUAUUUAUAAGGAAAUUGAAAAUUACCCAACAUGCUAUAAGAAAACUAUUGCUCAAGUCUUAGUUCAUCUUCACAGAAAUGAUUAUGUUGCUGCAGAAAGAUGUGUGAGGGAAAGCUAUAGUAUACCAGGAUUUAAUGGAAGUGAAGACUGUGCAGCACUAGAGCAACUUUUAGAAGGGUAUGACCAGCAAGAUCAGGAUCAAGUUUCUGAAGUCUGUAAUUUGCCACUCUUCAAAUACAUGGACAAUGAUUAUGCCAAGCUUGGUCUUACCUUGGUGGUCCCCGGAGGUGGAAUCAAGAAGAAAUCGCCAAAUGCUGCACAAGACAAAGCAAGAGGACCAACCGCAGUGGGCUCUCAUGCUGAUGAGGAAGAGGAUGAAUAUUCUGGUGGACUAUGCUAGCUACAGACAUAAGUUGUCUUAAAUAUCUGACUUAUUUGUGAUGUUGAGCAUAUCCAAAGGUACCAGAUUUACCAGAGUUUCAUUGCAGUUGUGAUAUGGGAAUCCUGAUAUUAACUUGGCAACUUCUGGAUACAAUAUAGGAGAAAAAGCAUUAUUGUACCUAUCAUCUUGAAACAUCUUUGGACUUCAUUUCUUACCUGGUAGGAGCUUUGUCAGGGCCCUGCCUUCAGUUGACGGG